CCCCACCAACCUACCCCAAGUUCGCUAAGUUCAUCAUAUCUGGUCGAAUGUAUGCUUCAACUUAGUCUCUAACUGGAAACGGACUUUGAUUUCUCUAAUUUAACGGCAUAAAUACAUAUAUUUUAUAUCGAACCAUUUAUCUACGCACUGGAUUCUUCGUUAAUCCUACCUAUCACCCUAUAUUGAUAGACGACGACAACGACCGCCAUGACUACCGAACUUGUACGUGGGAAACUAAGUAAAAUCUUAGUAUUAAAUCCCAACUCGUCAAAGGCCAUGACGGACGGUCUAAAAAACGUGAUCGAUUCUAUAGAUUUACCAUAUUCCACCGAAAUAUACACAUACACGGCUCCCCCUUCUUCACCAGCCAGCAUAAACAAUGGAGACGAUCUUCUCCUCAGCCACUCGGCCGUGCUCGCCGAUUUAUCAUCAUGUAACCCAACCGGCCUCCCCUACGAUGGCGUCCUAAUCGCAUGCUACAGCGUGCACCCCCUCGUAACUGCCAUGCAGCUCUCCUCCGCAUAUCCCAAAUCCGUAACCGGCAUCUUCGAGGCCAGUAUCCUAGCUGCCCUAUCUCUGCUCGGGGGCGAUGAUACCUGGGGUAUCGUGACGACGGGGAAGUGGUGGGAGAAGCAUUUAGCCGAUGGGGUAGACUUCAUGUUAGGAUCAAAGGCUGGCGGAGAUCCGAAUUCGCGAUUCAGGGGCGUUGAGUCUACAGGCCUAAACGCGUCUGACUUCCACGAUGGUGUUGACCCCGCCAUCGUAAGGCAGAAGCUUAAGGAGGCUACCAAGCGACUUCUUUCUAAAGGAGGUGUAAAGGUUAUCUUGAUGGGGUGUGCGGGGAUGGCCGGCCUGGAAGCGAUUAUCCGGAGCGCCGCCAGCGAGGCGCAAGGAGAAGAAUUUGCCUACUCCGAAUUGCAUGUGGUAGAUGGUGUUAGGGCGGGCAUAACACAAAUCGAUCAGAUGAUCAAAUACCAGAGGUUGCUUCCCGGGAGACCGUGAUAACCCAGAAUCAAAACUAGAGAUGUCAAAUUCAUGAUAUAUCGUUAUAUGUA